AUGACGUCGUAUUCGUGGGAGUUAGGCGGCACCGCUGCGUGCGUUACAGCUGGUCGACUUGCGAAAGCCGACCCGAACUUGUCAAUUCUGUUGAUCGAGCAGGGACGCAAUAAUCUAGACGAUCCUACCGUGGUCACUCCCGCCAUGUUCCUAAGCCAUCUCUUUCCAGGAAGCGAAACUGUCCUCUUUCACUCCGCGAAAAGGGAAUCGAACCUUGCUGACCGUGCAUUGGUGGUCCCUACAGGAGGAAUUCUGGGCGGAGGCUCCUCCAUCAACUUUACCAUGUAUACACGAGCAUCGGCGGUGGAUUUUGACUCAUGGCAGACAGAGGGUUGGGACGGGAAAAGGAUGCUGGCUCUUGCGAACAAGGCAGAGAACCACAUGUUGGACGACCCAAGAAUUGACAAGAAUGCUCACGGCCAUGACGGUCCUAUCCAGGUCAGCUACGGAACACAUCUUUCCAAGCUAAACAACGACGACAUCCUCGACGCAGCCGAGUCUUUGGGCGUGCCUCACGUGGCCAAUUUGCAAGACUUUGAGGUCGGUCACGGCUUCGAGCGUUGGGCCAAAUACAUUAGCCCAGACGGCAAGAGGCAAGACACAGCUCACUGCUACAUUCACCCGCUUAUCAAAUCCGGGAACUACCCUGAUCUCCAUAUCCUGCCCGACUCAACUGUCACCCGGAUCAAGUUUGAUGGCACUCGCGCCAUUGGCGUUGAGUACGAGCCCACUACCAACCGGACUCAGACACCGGCGGCUUUUAUCGCUGCCAAGAAGCAAGUUGUAGUCACCUCGGGCGCUCUGAAAACGCCCCUCAUCCUCGAGAGAUCGGGUAUUGGCAAUGCUGAGCUGCUGCGCGGACUUGGCAUCGACGUCGUCUCGGAUCUUCCCGGCGUCGGCGAGGACUACCAGGACCAUAACCUCAUGUUCUAUCGCUACAAGGCCAUGUUGACGCCAGAGAUGUCAUUCGACGGCUUGCUUAGCGGUCGCGAGGAUAUUCACGAGGCCGUGGCUGCCGGGUCGUCCAAGAUGGGUUGGAACGGGCUCGACGUGGGCGGCAAGCUGCGGCCGACUGAGGACGAGGUCGCGCAGCUGGACUCUGCGUUUCAGGAGUGCUGGGAGCGCGACUUUAAACACCAGCCUUCGCGACCCAUUAUGCUCAUGACCUAUUUUAGCGGCUACAUGGGCGAUCAUGUCGCGCUGAACGAGCCCGUCGACAACCCAGCGCACUACAUAACGGGCGGCACCUACACGGCGUACCCGUACGCCCGCGGCAGCACCCACAUCACGUCGACGGAUCCGCGCGCCAAGCCGGACUUUGUCACGGGCUUCCUUGAGAACCCCGUGGACGUGACCAAGCAGGUGUGGGCGUACAAGAAGCAGCGCGAAAUCAUGCGCCGCAGCGACAGGUACGCCGGCGAGGAGCCCACCAGUCACCCGCAGUUCCCAGCGGGCAGCAAGGCGGCAUGCCAGGACAGGCCCGCGGUGGAGGGCGGCUUCAGGAGCGUGCAAGACCGGGCGAGUCUCCCGCUGCUUGAGUACAGCAAGGACGACGACAAGGCGAUUGAGGAAUGGAUUCGGUCGCACAUUGAGACAUCGUGGCACUCGGUCGGCACGUGCAAGAUGGCACCGAGAGAAAGGGGCGGCGUGGUGGAUAAGGAUCUGAAUGUGUACGGCACGCAGGGGCUCAAGGUGGCGGAUCUGUCCAUUGUGCCGGAGAAUGUAGGUGCCAAUACGUACAACACGGCGCUGAUUGUCGGCGAGAGGGCGGCAGAGAUUAUCGGCAAAGAGCUUGGCAUUGUUGUUUAG